UCAAGACAAAUUCCUCUGUAAAUCCAUUGUUUCUUCCCAUUUCUUGUUCUUCUCUGCUCUAUUGUAAAUCGUAGUCUUCUCAAGAUGAGUGUUGCAGUUCUCAAUCCUCAAGAUUGCCUGAAGAAUUCCGUGUCUCGACAAGCUCUAAUUUCACCUCCCAGAAAACCUAACCCCAACCAGAAUCAGAACCAGAACCAGAACCAGAUUAGGUCAAACAGGGCGGCGCAACAAAAACGGAGGAAUAGGAGCCCCAACAAGUCACCUCAGUCACGCGCCAGCGUCUCCUCCAAGCUUCCGUCCAGAAAUAGCAGCCCCGACAAUAACAACAGUACCAACAGUAAGAGCCAGAAGCUCGUCAUGGGUCAGGUCAGGAUCCUUAAACGUGGCGAAGAGGUCAAGGAAGCGGCGCCGAUUAAAGCCAAAUCAGAUCUGAAUCUCGGUUCCACAGAGAGGUUAGGUCCAGAUCCCGAGUCUAUGAAAAACGAGAUCCGACUGACCCAUUCAGGCCCUGUCAACGGAUUUUACGCUGGUUCGGCGUUUAUCACCUCUCCUCCUCCUAGUUCCCUCCCUCUUCCUGCUUUCUUUACGAAGAAGACGACUGAUCUGAAAUAUGACGAUGCUACUAGCGAUCUAUGCAGGAUCCUAAAACUGAACUUUUAGUAUUGAGUUUGGUCGGAAAUAGUUGUGUGGAUUUGUUUGUACAUCACGGUAUGAGGUCUCCGUCCGUCGAUUAUUCCCUGAUUUUUUGUAAGGGAAGAUAUCGACUUUGUUGACUUACUGUUGUGGUAACCUAGAUUAGCUUGUGUCCUUAAUGUAAAGUUUAUUUUAGGAGUUAGUUUGAAGCUCAGAAGAGAUCAUUAGUGUUGAAGGUUAAUGGGUUAGAUAGUUUGUAAGUUAGUGAUAUAAGGGUCGAGUCUAGUCCGUAGUUUGCUGUGUUUUCUCGUACAAAUGAUCCUGGGUUAACUUGGUCGUCUCUCUGAAAUUUGUAGUUGCUUUGUUUUCUAAAUGAAAGUUUAUUUUCUUUGUUAGUGUU